CCUUUAAAGUUUAUGAUGGAAGACAAUAUAAAUGAUUAUAUGCCAUCUAUUUUAAAUCCUAGACUUGUCAGAAGACAGACAGCAGAUCCAAGUAUAACACAGAAUUCUAUAGCCAGCCGCUGUUCAUUGUCAUUGAAGAGGAAUAAACAACCUACAAUAUGGAAAGACCAAAUUUACAAGUCCUUACCAAACAACAAAGAAAAUUCACAAAAUGUACAAAAUUUUACUGGCCAUUCAGAAAAAAGUACAGCCAAUAAGGAAAAUGGAUGCAAUAGUAAGGAAUUUGAAGAUUUUGAAAGUAUAGGUGUAUCAGCUAUUCAAGAUAUAAACACAAAAAACAAUAUUAGUGAUUCAAGUACUGUAAGAUUAAGUAAUAAUGUACUAGUUUCAAAUGUUAUUCAUAAAGAAACAAAUGAAGAAUAUAUUUGUUCAGUUACUUCAGCAAAUGAAUUAAUAGAAUGUGAUUCAAGGACAGAAAGUAGUAGAACUGUAUCAUAUGAAUUUGACAAACCUGUUGUUAAUGUUUCAUUUGGUAUAACAAACUGCAAAUGUGUUGAUGUCAGUACACAUCAUAGUAGUAUCAAGAGAAUUGUGGUAUCACAUGAUAAUAAUGAUACUACAGUUGAUUGUAAAGUUAUUGAAAGUAGUCAAUUAUCAGUUGAUACUGAAAUGGAUGAAAAUAUGCAUGAAGCUGUUUUGCCUAGUCCACCAAAAAAGUCAGCUAUAACUGUCAACUUAGACAUUAAAAAGAAUAAACUGUCACAUGACACAGCAGUGAACUCAAAAGUUCUUAUUUUAAAUACUGAUGCCAUUGAGAAACUUUCUCAUGUCAUUGUGCAACCACCAAAUUAUAAAUUUGUGAAACGAAAAAUUUUGAACCCUUCUAAAUUUCGAAGCAGCGACAAUAGAAAAUCUUGUUUUAGGUCUUCUAUACAGAAUGGAAAAACUGUGUGCAUUGAUAAUCUGAAAUAUACAACUAUUGAUUCCCAUCUAAAUAAAACAAAUGUUUUGAAUUCCUGCAAAAUAUCUAAAAGUACAAUUCCUUCAAAAACCUUAAAUUGUAAUGAUAAUAGUGCCAGUUUAGUUAGUGAUGAGGUGCAGGACAUGAGCAAGAUUCUAGGUGCUCCUGAAACUCUUAAAUUUGAUGGUGGAAGAUCUGCUAAAAGCAGGAAAGACAAUGCAUCUCCUAGAUCUGUUAGAGUAGCACUUUCUCGAAGAGGAAAUGAAUCUUCCAAGCAACAGGACAUUAAAACAUGUAAUUCUAAUGCUCCGCGUGUGCCGACACCCAGAGGAAGAGACAGUGUUAGUUCACAUUCUCCCAAAAAAACUACAGACUAUAUACAAUUCAGUUUAUCUUCAAAACCAAAAUCUAAUAGAUCAUCAGUGGUUUUGAAAAAUAUUCCACACCAUAAAAUUGUUGCAGGUACACAUUUUGCAGUAGAUGCCUUUUCUUAUGGAGAAAUACCUAAUGUUAAACAUUAUUUUUUGACUCACUUCCAUUCUGAUCAUUAUUCGGGUCUGAAGAAAAGUUUUAAUAAAUUAUUGUUCUGUUCUAAAAUAACUGCGGAUUUGUGUAUAUCACGAUUGGGCGUUAACCCAAAAUGCAUGCAUCUUAUAAACCCUGAUGAAACUAUACGCGUGGAAGAUAUUGAGGUGACAGCUCUAGAUGCUAAUCACUGUCCUGGAGCUUUAAUGUUAGUGUUCACACUACCAAAUGGGAAGACUUUAUUACACUGUGGAGAUUUUAGGGCAUGUCCAUCUAUGGAGUCCUAUCCUAUAUUUUGGAAUAAAGACAUUCACACGAUUUAUUUAGAUACCACUUACUGCAACCCGCGGUAUAAUUUCCCCACACAAGAUCAAAGUUUAGAGAUGGCUGUAAACUUGUUACGACAGAAGAAAUUGGAACUUGAGAAGAAUGGAAAGUCAUUUUCAUCUGUAUUAAUUGUUUGCGGCACUUAUACGAUAGGCAAAGAAAAGUUCUUCCUGGGCAUGGCGAAGCGAGUAGGUUGUUCCGUGUGGGCAUUCCCCGAGAAGGACCGGGUGUUACAAGCUGUGGAAGGGCGGAGUUUCAGUCAAGCAUCUCCACAGUCCUGCCAGCUACAUGUUUUAGCUAUGCGGGAUUUGACACAUGAGAAAUUACGGAAUUAUUUAGAUAGUCUUCAUGGGGCAUUCACUGAGGUGGUAGCGUUCAAACCCAGCGGCUGGGAAAAUGGCAGAAACUCUUCAGUCCAGAAAGAUAUGGUCACGAUUCACGGCAUACCAUACAGUGAGCACUCUAGUUUCUCGGAAAUGAUUCGCUUUGUAAAAUUUUUAACGCCGAAACAAGUGGUGCCUACUGUCGAUAUUUCUGGAGGAAUUAAAGCUGUGCAGAAGUAUUUCCCAUGCCCGCUUGUUUACAAAAAUGAUCAAUCUCAGAGCAUAUUGACAGAUUUCUUCAGCAUACAGAGUCGACAGCAGGUUCCCGCUGUCACUUGAAUCUAAAAUGUACUAAAGACAAUUAUUAUAAGCAACUUUAGCGUGACUGUGAUGUAACUAUUUUUUGAUAUAUUUUUAUUGUAGGAUGAAUAUUAUAUUAAUUGUUGUAUAAUAAACCUUUUUUAAACACUU